GAGGCCUGACUCAGUUCCACUCCAGAGUUUCGACUUUCCCACUCAAACAAAACACGAACUCGCUUCGCUGGCCAAUCAGAUCGCAAACACAGAGAGUCUGAGUCGAAGACCACGAGAAACUGGGUGUGAGUUGGAAGACCUAGCUUUCGAUUGAAGAUGCAGAGUUCGGAGGAGAAGGUGGUCGCUGUGAUCAUGGUGGGUGGCCCCACCAAAGGGACUCGAUUUAGGCCUCUUUCCUUCAAUACGCUGAAGCCUCUGUUUCCGCUGGCUGGGCAGCCAAUGGUUCACCAUCCAAUUUCCGCUUGUAAAAGGAUACCCAAUUUGGCACAAAUAUUUCUAGUUGGGUUCUAUGAGGAACGGGAAUUGGCAUUAUAUGUUUCUUCAGUCUCUAAUGAGCUCAAAGUGCCAAUCAGAUACUUGAAAGAGGACAAGCCCCAUGGUUCGGCUGGUGGACUUUAUUACUUCAGAGAUGUAAUCAUGGAAGAUGCCCCGUCACAUAUCUUUCUGCUGAACUGUGAUGUUUGCUGCACUUUUCCACUUCCGGAUAUGCUAGUGGAACAUAGAAGGAAUGGUGGGAUGGGAACAGUGUUAGUAAUCAAGGUUUCUGCUGAAUCAGCCAACCAGUUUGGCGAGUUGGUUGCUGAUCCAACCACAAAUGAAUUGUUGCAUUACAUAGAGAAACCUGAAACUUUUGUAAGUGAUUUAAUAAACUGUGGUGUCUAUGUCUUUACCCCAGAUAUUUUUACUGCCAUCCAGGGUGUCUCCACUCACCGGGAAGACAGAGCUAGUCUACGCCGUGUGUCUAGCUUUGAAGCUCUCCAAUCAGCAACAAGGACCCAUCCUACAGAUUUUGUUAGAUUAGAUCAAGAUAUCUUGUCACCUCUUGCUGGAAAGAAGCAAUUGUAUACAUAUGAGACCACGGACUUCUGGGAACAGAUUAAGACUCCAGGGAUGUCUUUGAAAUGUUCUUCUUUAUAUCUUGCCCAAUUUCGAUACACCAGUCCCCAUCUUCUGGCCAGCGGAGAUGGUACUAAGAGUGCUACAAUUGUUGGUGAUGUUUAUAUUCAUCCAUCAGCAAAAGUGCACCCAACUGCAAAGAUUGGUCCCAAUGUCUCUAUUUCAGCAAACGUUCGUAUAGGAGCAGGUGUAAGACUUUCAGAUUGCAUCAUUUUAGAUGAUGUUGAAAUCAAGGAAAAUGCUGUCGUUAUGCAUGCUAUUGUUGGAUGGAAGUCAUUUAUUGGGAAAUGGUCACGUGUCCAGGCUGAAGGCGACUACAAUGCAAAGCUUGGAAUUGCCAUAAUUGGAGAGUCUGUAACUGUCGAAGAUGAAGUGGUUGUGAUCAACAGCAUUGUUCUCCCAAACAAAACCCUAAAUGACAGCGUCCAAGAGGAGAUCAUUCUGUAGUGACACGGAUACUGAAAUCCAUGAGGCAGCCCAGCGGCAAUUUUAGUUUAUUGGUUCUUUUGUUUCUUUCCCUUUCCCGGUUUUGUGACAUUAUAUAUCAUGUAUUGUAGGAGAGCAGAAAACAACUUUGCUGCCAGAUGCACCUAAUGCCAGCCGAUUAAUUGCUGGUAUAUCAAUUAAAUUUCUGAAUAAGAAAAAAAGGAAAAUAUAUAUACAUAUAUUUUCUUCUUCGAUCCA